GGAAUCCACGUCAUUUGGCCGCGGCGCGUCCGGAUCAAUGGGGUUGCGCGUUGCGGCGCGCUCCUGAGAGCGACGCUUCCAGGAAGGUGUUAACCAUCGCGCUGCCGCAAUGUAGCGCCUGUUUGCGCUUUUACUAACAACAAAACGAAGAAGUUGAAGCGUCGCGCGCGGGGCGAGGCCAGGCCGAUGCGUCCAUCAGCGAAUUAAAACCGCGUGUUGUCGCGCGUGGAAUAUUAUCCAUUUGGACGCGGGUGGUUGUGCGGCUUUAUUUCACGGAAAAACACGGGAGAGGAAAGUGGAAACACGCGAACUUCCUGAAUUUCGGCGCGACAUGUCCGACUCCUCCGCGCAGGUUAUUAUUAAGCAGGAGAGGAGCACGUUCAGUCCUGCUGCCAGUCCGUUGCCAAACUCCACUUCCUCUCCAGGCCAAGCCCCGCCCACUUCAGCAAAUGCCAGAACAGAAGAGGAACCAACAAGACUGCCUGCACACCUGCGCACACAGCCAGUGUUCUGGAGCAGAGAUGAUGUUUGUCAGUGGCUCAGAUGGGCAGAGCGAGAGUUUGCACUGCGGCCCAUCUCCAGUGGAAGUUUUCAGAUGAACGGCAAAGCUCUUCUGCUUCUCACCAAAGAAGACUUCAGAUAUCGCUCUCCACACUCAGGAGAUGUGCUUUAUGAACUACUGCAGCAUAUUCUCAAACAGAGAAAGCCACACACAUAUUUUCCUUUGGGUUCAUUACAUUCGCUGACUGACCCGCUGCAGCCCCACAGACUUGAAGAAACGGUACGUCGGACGGCCCGCGGUACGGACAGCCUGUCACUGCAGCCCCCAACCAUUGAACUGCGCCAUCGCUCUCGCUCACCCCAUCAUCCGGCACCGCUGCGCUCAUCCGGCGAGCACCCUCGACCCACAUCUGUCGAUGACCCUCAACACGGGUCCACGCAGCUGCCUGACAGCAACCACCAUCUACCGGACGACAUGUACCCUCUGUCCGUCUCGCCCGCCGCCUCUAACGGGCACUGCGGCCUUCCUCGCGACGCCCCGCGGGGCUUGAGCCCGAGUCAGGAGGAGACGGCUCCGCCCCGCGUCAUACAGCUCAUGCCCAGCGCUAUCAUGCAUCCCCUGCUGCUGAGCCCGGGCAGAGGGACCACGCCGGGUGACUUCAGGCAUAACCGGGCAUCUCAGGAAAACGGCCGUGAGGUCAAGGGUCAACAUCACAACCCUGUCCACUACGCGACCCACGCCCUGAACCUCGCCGGUCAUCAGGGGUCUCUGCAGAUCCCCCUGCAGGACGAUCGACACUACCGCAAUCAAAUCAUCAUGCCCGUGUCUCCGCCCGAGGAACAGGCCACGCCUAUGGGCCGCAUCGCUGACUGUAGAUUGUUGUGGGAUUACGUCUAUCAGCUUCUGUCCGACAGUCGGUAUGAGAAUUACAUCCGCUGGGAAGAUCGGGAUACCAAAGUCUUCCGUAUUAUGGAUCCUAACGGUUUGGCUCGUCUGUGGGGGAAUCAUAAGAACAGGACCAACAUGACCUAUGAGAAGAUGUCACGGGCGCUGAGACACUACUAUAAACUCAACAUCAUCAGGAAAGAGCCGGGACAGAGGCUGCUCUUCAGGUUCAUGAAAACUCCGGAUGAGAUCAUGAGCGGACAGACGGAUCGUCUGGAGCAUCUGGAGUCGGACACUGAUGAUCAGAUCUAUGUGAAGGAGGAAUGUUGAGUGGUAGAGCUCAAGAACUUCUGAAGCCGAAGAUGCCUCACUUCACCCUCUGAUCUUUGAACUCUCAGUUUCCUCAGAGGGUCACUGCACUCACUCUUAUCAAACAUCAUUGAUUUACCUUUUUUAGUCUUAUAUUUCAACUACAGAAAUAAACUUUAAGAUGACAAUCAUUUUAAUGACAAAUACUCAUUUUUCAAAUCAAAUUUAGAAAUUAUUGCUGCAUUUUUUUCCUGUUUGGUAAGUAUAUUGUACGAAGACAUUGUGAUUUAUAAAUGAGGGAUUUACUGAAUGCUGGUGAAAAUGUGAUUUGAUUCUAAAAUAAAUUUUACUGAGAGACA